AUGGCGCAAAGAUACGAUACCGAGACGUACGGAUCAGGAUUUUGCCGGCCAUGCGUCAAGCAUGCGGGGGGCGGGGGCGGGGGGGGGGGNAAGGCGACACAGCUGGACAUUUGUUGCGUGCUGAUUGGUCGGUUGGUUUUCUCGGUAGUUUGGGGCGGGCGGGCGGGAGGCGUUUGUUGUGGUGUGCGCCUCACGCAUUGGAGAGGAAGUACAUACUCUAACUUUGCUCCCUUGGGCGCAAAGAAGAGAUAAUAGGUCCAUACCGUCGAGAGGGUUUUGAUUCCCGCUCGGAACAAGUUUGAUGGUGUUCUAUAUUCGUAUUCAUACAGUAAGCUUGGCGAGAAGGAGUACAGAACACUGCUCUUGCUGUAUGAAGUGCUUUGCAAAUAGUUGUAGUCUUUCAUGGAUUUUCGCCUUACUCCGUUGGCUUGGCCGAGUCACGUUUUCUCAUUUCACGUAUCUCGUACUGACUUAAUGUUUUCGUGCAAUCCCUGCACUUUGGGGAGGGGGGGGAAGCGAGGGUCAGGUGGAGGCAUGUGGGAGAGGGGGAGGGUUGUAACGUUCGCGCGACCGUCCAAGAUCGCGUUCAGUUUGCUCUGUUUCCGCCCCUUGCCGUUGUAUGCAUAUUUAGCUGUUUGUUCCUUGUUGGAUCUCGACUACGCAAAAGCGGAAUUAUUCACGGUUUGAGGAGUCCCCCUCUCCUGCUUGCUAAUUUUGCAGCUUGAAGCUUGGUAGUCGGCAUGCACAAGACUGAACCUGGAUCGGACGUCAAGGAUGCAUCCUUUAAGUGCAUUCUAGCUCCGACGUCAUGGUUGACUGUCGGAUAUUUAUUGUUUUGUUUUUGGAACGUAUCGAGGGUAUGUAUGGGGAGUCACCGUGCUGUCUAACGUGACUUAUUGCCUCCCGUGAACGGCUGUUUGUCUUUUAUGCGUUUUGGUCUUUUCCCGCCACCUAAGAGCCUGUUUGCGGCUCAAGGCCGCCAUAAAAUUGGAACGAGAAUGGUAUUGAAGUUGGUGGCCGCGCCGUCCAGUUGUCCCACCCCCCCCC